GAUAGCAGAGACUUACCAGAAGAAAAUUCCGCUAUUGCUAUUAGUCAGGAUUCCUUCUCGUUGUUUCUAAUGUUUCGAUCACGACAGUUUCUGUCACAAGUAUCUCUCCACUUGUGUGUUGGGGUUGUUUCAGCCCCAUCGAGGGGUAUUAUUCAAGGAACAGCCGUUUGGUCCUGUCGGUUGCUGCUGUCACAAGCUGGAUAUUCUGCACUGACUUCUCAGGCAGGGAAAACUCUUUGCCAAGAAUCGUACAAUUUGUGUUGCCAAGGAGCUGUUGUGGCGAACUACUGCAUUAGCAACUUGCAUGAGGGUUGUGUUGUCCAUGUUGCAUCAAAGCUUAUCAACACUCCCAUUUAUGUUCCUGUUCACGGAACAUACUUUGAUAAAUCAGAACUCCUAGUCUCAGACAAAUUUGGGUUUAUUACAAAGCUGAAGUCCUUAUAGUAUUUACACGCACAGAUAGUGCUAUAUAGUUUA